CUCUUCUUUUCUUCUUUUCUAUCAGUAGUACAACAGCUUAAUAACUCAUCUUUUAUCUUACUCGAAGCAAAGUCAAAUACGAAUGAGCGACAACAGUUCCGAGGUUCCUAAGGAACUUUAUUAUCUUGAGGAAGGGUUUUCCUUGGGCUCUCUCAGAAAGUUUCAAUUGAAGGAGAUCCUAGCGACCCAUAAUAUCCCAGUAUUGGAUAGCGCUGUUAGAAGCGAAUUAGAAAGUAUUUUCAAAGAGAACAUCAUCAAUCGACGUGAUGAGAUUUUGGCACGAUAUCGAAAUAAGGAUGAAGCUCCUCUGAAACCCACAACAGAAUAUGGACGUGGUCAUAGAGAAAUACAUAGACCUGACAUGGGGAACUUUGUUGCUUUUCCCGUUCGUCGUCGUCGAACCAAAAAAGUAGAGAACAACACUGCUCAAAGUGGACCUAGAAAGGAUAAAGAUGGCUUCGCUAUCCCUGAGUUACCAGCAGAAAGACGUUCGCAAACACAAUCAGCUCCAGCUUUUAAUGCUGAGGAUUCUUUUGAAGAGGACAAUGUACAUCAGCAACGUGCAAUUCCCGUAACAGCCCGUAAAGUCCUUACGAAAACUCGAAAGACAAAGAAGCAAUCGGCUACAGAUCAGAACUUACCCUUCGUUCCUCAAACACCUCCAUCAUCGACUACAACUACUAGCCGACCAACUAGAACCACUGCAUCUACGAAAAAAUCAGCAGCAGCAAAUAAUAACGUGCCAGCAUUCAACCCUGAAGAUUCAUUCGCUGAAUCUGCGGAUGAAGGCAAUCAGCAUGAAGAACUUAAUGAUAGUCACCAUGAUCGUUCCUUAUCCCAUUAUACAACAGAAAGGGAUGACAACGGAGAACAACCUGCAGCAUCAAAGUCUCCCUCCCCAGAACAAGAAAGUACAGAAGAAGAAAAUUCCGAAAAAUCAGAAGAUGAUUUAGAAGAAGAGUCUGAUGAAGAUUAUGUCGACCGCGGCGGUGAGGAUGAUGAAGAUGAGGAGGAUUUAGGAGACGUAGACAACGAAGAAUUAGUGCAACUCUAUAAGGAACAAUAUAUUCCUGCAGAAAAAUUGGCCGAGCCUUAUAUCAAAACACGAGCACAGAAGUUAGCAGCCGCAAAGCAAAAAGCCUUAGUAUGGCGGAACAAACUAAAACGCUUUGGCUUGAUUAUCAGUUUGAUAUAUUUGGUUGUGGGUGCUCUAGGACUUCUUAUUACAGCAUACGCACGUCAUAAAAAUGGAUACUGUCCAAGUGUACCAACAGUUCCUACAAAUACUACUGGAACAUCGCGUAUAUUCUCUAUACUACCCACCCCAUGCAUUCCAUGUCCAGACCAUGGUCACUGUAUCAAUGGGGAAUUGACGUGCGACUCAAUGUACAAACGAAGAACACCCAUUUACAAUGUUGGAGGCAAACUCCCAAUUGGUGACGAUUGUAUUCAAGACUCGAAACUUGGAAAAUAUGUCGCUAAAGUAGAACGAGAGAUUAAAAGACAAUUGGCUCUUAGACAAGGAGAAGCAGCUUGUGAAUAUUUAAUGACACAUCCUGAUGCAGACGACGAAUCUAUUCCUACUGCUCGUAUCCCAGUAAACGAUAUAUUGUCAAAGUUGAGACAUACUGUAGAGCCCUUUAUACCUUUGACUCUUUUAGAUGAGAUUUUGCUGCUUGCACUGACCUCUGUGUUAGAGGAUUCAAAGGUCUUCUACUGGGAAUCUGAUAAUGAAAGAUACAUAGGUACUAGUCGUGCAAAAUUCCCAAUGACUUGUCGGUUAAGACGCAUGUAUCUUAAAACCCCACAAGAAGUUAGGACUGCAAUUAUUGCCGUAGUUCUGGUUUUAUCAUCAGUUUAUGGAGUUUCGAAAGAAUACAGAAAGGCGAAUGCUCAUAAAGCGAAAAUUAACAAGCUGGUGAAAGAUUUAACAGAGCGUUUAAAGGAACAGUACGAAAAUCAUGUGAAGGAUUCUCAAGCACAUCCAUCUCCAGCUCUCCCAGUCUCACAACUCCGGUCAACUGUUGUAGAUGUUAACAAUAGUAAAACAUUGAAUGAUUGGCAACAGGUUGCUGAGCAAAUGGAAUCACAUCCUCAUAUCAGAAAAUCAUUCCGUGAAGUGAGAGGUGAUCCUGUUGAAUUUUGGGAAUUAACUGCUUAAUUUGCCAUUAAGUGGGCAAUAGAACCCUAGCAAUUUCAAAACUGUAUGUAUUAAACUGUCUUUCUCAUUAAUCUUGUAUCAUAUGCUAUCUCAUACAACUUGGUAUUGAAUAAAAAAGGAAAUAAUAAAGUUCCUUUUUGCCUACCGAUUACACCUUUUCCGGAAGUAGAUGGACACAUACAGAAAAGGAUUGUACACUUGAAAGUUUUACUUGGCACAAGUACAAUUUUGAGAUGGCACAUUUGCUAAAUUUACUUGGCAUGGUUUCUAAAUAAAAAAAUCUCAGUUUCGGACUC